AUGAGUUCUUUCUCGCCUAAGUUAGCCAAAGGUUCAACCAAAACUGGAUUUAUUGGUACUUUUGAAGCUGAAUUAUUUGCACAACAACAAAAUACUUAAUUAAGAGCUUAAAGAAUGUAAUAGGUACAAUAUAAAAUUUACAUUAGAUUCGUAAAUAAGAGACAGACUUAACAAAAAAGAAGAUUCAAUAAUAAUAACAACAAUAAUAAAAAUAGUUUGAAGAAGAAAUGAAAAAAUAAAAAUAUUAAGAAUAUUUAUAAAAAAAAGCUUAGAUUGAAUAAUUAGAACAAGCACGUUAAUAAACAAUACUUGAAUAAUAACGAUAAGCUAGGGAAGCUGAAGAGUAUAGAUAAAGGGAGUUAGAAUAGUAGUAGGAAAAGUUAAAAAUGUAGUAGUAUUAUGAGGAGCAAGCAUAAAAAAGAUUUUAAGAAGCAUGUGAAUGGAAAAAAUAAUCAUUUUUGGAAACAUCAUAAGGAAAAGCAAUUUAAAUAUAAAAUUAAAGAAAGGAAGCAUCUAUUAUUGAAAAGUAAAAAGAAGCUUAAUCUGUUGCUAUAUACAAAGAAACCUCUAAAAAUAAAAUUUCAUCUACAUUUUCAUAAGAUCUAGAAAGUUAUGAAAAAUUUGAUAAAAAUAUUUCUCGUAGAUAAAUUUUAAAACCUGAAGAUUUUGCUAAUACAUGUUUUCAUAAUCCUUAAGUAGUUAAACAUGAUGUAGAUUAAGAAAAAGAAAAUGCAAUGGAAAAAGCCAAUUAAACCUUGAUUGAAACAUAAGCAAUGCUUUUAGAAUAAGCAAGAUAAAAAAGAGAAUAAGAAAGAAUAUAGAAAUAAAGAUGUUAAAAAGCAUUAUCUAAAGAGAGAUAAAUUAAAGUUUUAGAAUAAUUAGAAUAAGAAACAAAAUUCAUUAAAAAACAAGAAAUAAUAUAAUUAUAAAAGACUAAGCCUCCAACUAGAAAGCCGAAAUCAGAAAAAAAUCAUUAAAAAAUGUUGUCGUCAGAAUUUGAAAAAAUAUUUAAUUGCAAUAAUUCUUCUAUAGAAGUCAGAGAUCAUAGAGUUAGAUCAAAUUCUCCAAAUAAAUCUGCAACAACAAAGAAUAAAGAUAAAUAAAGGCCAAAAUCAGUAAAAAUCUUCACUAAAGCUCCACUUGAUACAAAUCUUUUGAAUGAACAUUAAAAAGAAUCAUUAGUUAAAGAAGACUAUACAAAAUAUGCUUUAGGAUCUGAGGAUUAGAGUACUUCUCAAAAAAAGAAAGUAUAAUUUAGUGAUAUCAAAAAUGAAUCUCCUUAAAGUAAUUAAUUUUAGAAUAAAGAAAUUGAAUAGACAUUAAAAAUUAAUGAUUCAAAAUCGCCAUUCUAAAAUCAUUUUAAUUAAGAAUCAGCUCAUUCAAACGAGAAUAGUGAUGAAGAGGAAAAUUAAUAGUAAUAAUAAAAUGAAUCCGAUUCAGAAGACUAAAAUCAAAAUUAAUAAAGUGAUGUUGAUUCUCCACCUUAAUUAAAGUCAAAUUAAAUAUAAGAUAUUAGAUAAUACAUUAAAGAAUAAGAAUAAUAUUUAUAAAAAUUAGAGUAAUAAAGAAUCAAUACAAAAAUGAAAAUUAAGGAGGAGGAAUCAAAUUUAGUUUAAUCUUUCAAAAAUACAAGAAAAUAACAAUUUUCUAAAUAACCAAUUCCAGAGGAAUCAGAAGAUGAAUCUUCUUAUUAGUAAUCACCGUCUCAAAUUAAUUAAGAAAACAGUGAUAGAUACUAGUAAUCUUCUUAGUAAUAAUCUUAAUUCUAAAAUUAAUACUAAACAAGUCCUGAAACAUAAAAUCUUUAAAAAAGUUCUUAUUUAGAAACAAUUGAUAAUUUCGAUCCUUAAGACAUAAUGGAAUAGUUUUUGAAACCUAAAAAAACUGGAAAUAUUUAAAAUCAGAAUAAAUAACUAUCUUUAUUUGCUGAUCCUUAAUCCUCACAAAAACAAACUAUAUCUAGCUAAUAAAAAUAAUCUUAGUUUGUAACAUUAUAAUAAAUGAAUUCUCCAAAUUCAGAUCUAAAUUAUUCAUUAAGUGAGGUUAAGAAUGUUACUUCUCCAAUAAAAAAAUAUGAAUUUUAAUAAUCUCCACCUCUUAUGGUAUAGCAAUAAGAGUCUUCUUUAAAAAAAGAUUCAAUAGAUUCUGAAUAAAUGAAAUAUUCACUCUAGUAAUCUUCAGAAUAAUUAUAAGAUUUAGUAUAGCAAGAAUAUGAAGAAACAUUAGGAGAAAUAUUUUAAAAGAGAAAAGCUAUGUUAGCGAAGAAAUUUGAAUAAAGAUAAGAUUCAAAAACUGUUGAAAAAGGUGGAAAGACUAAAGAGGAAUUAAUAUAGAUUAGAAAAGAUAUGUUAAAAAGUAAAAGAUAAGUAGAGAAAGAAAAAUAAGAACAAGAGGAAUUAUAAUAAGAACCUUCAGAAUAAGAAUUAAAACCAAUAGAAUAAUAAGAAGAUAAAAGAGCUUAAUUAAUGAAAAGAUUAGCAACAGGAGAAAAAGUUAAGGUUGAUAAAAAAGAGAUGAAAGAAUUAACAAACAAAAAUUAUGAAUUAUUGCCUGAAGUAAAGAAAAAGAAGGAUGAAUAUGAAAAAAACGAAAGUAUUAAAUAAAGAAAAUAAAAAGUUAAAGAAAUGGAUCAGAAACUAAGAGAAACUAUGAAAUAAAGAAGAUAAUAAUGUUCUUGA